CACAGUUUAUCAGAUGUGAGUGUUUCUCGCUUGCUCUCUUAGAUUGGUGAGGCGCCAGGAAAUCUGCUUCACAGCGAGAGGCAGGAGAGUAGCGUGUUGGGUUUGGACUUUGGCCCCUGCUGGGGCCAGAGCGUAUUUAUUGGCUGCUGCUGCUUGAACAAACUCAUGUGGAGUGAUCUGUCUGAUGAGUGAUCCAGUGCUUGUAGUACCGUGUCCCAGCAUCAUGGUAGACAUGCCCAAUCCAUUCAGCCCAUUGCUCUCAGCAGGGGAAAUAGUGUUGGACAGCCCUCUGUGUGGGGAAAUAAUCAAGGAAAUGGAGGUGCUUGAGGACAACUCUCGAUCCUUCAGCGAUGACACCUUCAACUUGCUUUACCUGCCUGACUUCCAGGAAUCCAGCGUUAAUUUCAACAGCUCUGCUACUCUCGAUGUUUUGAGCCCAGCCUCUAGUCCAUCUUCAGCAGCCAGUGGAACAGUGACAGGGCAGGAUGAGAUCAACCCCAGUCCCUUAAACCUCGAGUGCCGUGUAUGUUCCGAUCGUGCCUCAGGUUUCCAUUAUGGAGUGCAUGCUUGUGAGGGAUGUAAGGGCUUCUUCAGGAGAACCGUACGCCUGAAGCUAGAGUACGACAAGUGUGAGCGCAACUGUAAGAUCCAGAAAAAGAACCGGAACAAAUGCCAGUACUGCCGUUUCCACAAGUGCCUCGCUGUGGGCAUGUCCCACAAUGCAAUUCGUUUCGGGAGGAUGCCACAGUCUGAAAAGCUGAAGCUCAGAGCAGAGCUGCAGAUCCCUGAGAAAGAGGAAAGAAAGACACAGCUGGAUGACUGGAAAACUCUGGCUAGCCAAAUCCAUGAAGCCUAUCUUAAACAAUUCCACUUGAACAAGGCAAAAGCACGAGGCUUUCUCACUGGCAAGACCAGCACGCCGCCUUUUGUCAUUCAUGACCUGGACACACUACAGCAGGCACAGCCUGUUCUGGUCACCCAGAUGCUGAGUGAGGGAAAGGAGGACUUUGCACUUAUUGCUCAGGGGCAGGAGACUGAGGAUCGCCUCUUCCACUGCUGUCAGUACAUCUCAGUUGAAACGGUCACACAACUUACUGAGUUUGCCAAGGCUGUGCCUGGCUUCCCCAGCCUCGACCUCAAUGACCAAGUGACACUAUUGAAGUAUGGUGUGCAUGAAGCUUUCUUUGCCCUGCUGGCCUCGUGCAUGAACAAGGAUGGGAUGCUGGUGGCACGGGGCAGCAGUUUUAUUACCCGUGAAUUUGUUAAGAGCCUCCGCAAGCCUUUCAGCGAUAUGAUAGAAUCCAAGUUCCAGUUUGCUAUGCGAUUCAAUGCUCUGGAGCUGGACGACAGUGAUCUGGCUCUGUUUGUGGCUGCCAUUAUCUGCUGUGGAGAUCGACCAGGACUGGGAAACGUGUCACAUGUUGAAGGCAUUCAAGAAAGUAUUAUUCAUGCUCUGCGGCUCCACCUGCAGACCAACCACCCUGAUGACACCUUGCUCUUCCCCAAACUCCUGCAGAAACUAGCUGACCUUCGGCAGCUCGUAACAGAGCAUGCGCAGUUGGUCCAGGACAUUAGGGAAACACAGGACACUUCUCUGCAUCCACUACUGCAGGAAAUUUAUAAGGAUAUGUACUGAACAUUAAACUACAGGUUGGAGUUGUGGGUGUAGCUGGAUAUGAGGUAGCCUAUGUCUAAAUAAUGCCCUCCACCUUCAGAACUGCAACAACAAGAUUAACAGAUUAACCUCUUAGUGGAUUAAAAGAUUAACCAGCGCUGAUUAAACUGUAUGGUUGUACACUAAUAUACAGCACCAGUGGCCAAACAUGAACGCCUGUGGUUGUAUGCAAUGCCUUUUACUCCACAAGUUGUGGAUCUACUACAGGGAAUGAUAAAGCUGAGUGCAAAAGUUUGCAUACCCUUAGAAAUAUUACAAGUAGCCAGACCUUUAAUUUCUCCAGUAUCACAAAUGUUUGUCUGUUAACUAAAAUGUCCAAAUUAUGUGUGUUAAUAUAUUAACAGUUAAAAAAAAAAAAGAAAAACUGCAUCAUGCUUCAUUAACUUGUAGGCCCACAUUUGCCUUUAUAAUUGCCUCCAACUUCCUUUGUAGCAUGUGAACAGGUUUUGAAUCCUCUGGCUUUUCAUAUUGGCUCCAUUUGGCCCAAUUGUAUUGUUCUUGACAUAUCUGUUGUGACUCUUUUAGAUGCCACACACUUCUUUCUUCAGAUCACAUUUGGAGAUCAAGAGGGUCAUGCCAAAAAUAUCUCUGUACAAUUUGCCUCAUGUUUAUGAUUCUUUGGAUACACUAUAUCUCACAUUUACUUUCUUCUAUUUUUUGGAGAUAAAUUGUAAAAUAGAUGCACUUAACUUUCUUUCCAUGGAAAAGAACACAGGGGAUGCACACCUUUGUACCAUUGCACUCAAAUGUAUGUAUAGGCCUGUCAAAUCCAAGCAAACUCUGAGGACUGCUUUGAGUGAACACUUACUUAAUGCCUUCUGAAAUCAGUGUGUACCACAUAGAAAAUGUAUAUAUAAGUCUGUUCUGAAUAUGAAGUGCAAUUUUCACACCAUGCUAGAAUACAGCCUGCAUGUGGGACCAAUACCUCAUUUUAACUGGCAUAGAGAGCCAUGUAUAGUAAUUUUGUAUUAUAAUGUAUACAGUGUAUAUCACUCCAGCUGUUAUUAUCAAAGGAUGUUAUUUAUUUCUGAAAAUAAGAAACCUGUGUAAUUAGAAAAGAGGAUUAUUUUAUGAUUGAAUUGACGCAGAGGUAAAAGUUUAAGCUGCCAGCCUUUUGUGUGGUAAUAGCACAAUAUGGUAAAAGCUGUAUUAUUUACAAUUAUGGUCAGUGAUUAUAUAGGAAUAAAGUAUGUGAGUGUUAUUAUAUGGAAAUUUUUAUACUGUAUAGAUGCUCAGGGACAAUCAGAGUCAGAUUUACACUAGAAUAGAUUACUCAUCUUACUACAGCAGGUACACUACACUAUAAGCACUUAUUUUGAAGAAAUUGUUCU